CUUUGUCAUCCAUGCCGACGGUUCUCAACAUGUUGUGAACGUUUUUUACCAAACAAGAGUUUUCCGACAAAACAAUGGCCGAAAAAUUGCCAGAUGAAGUCGCUAACUCCAGAGAGAGUUUUCGAAACAUCGCCUGCUUCUUUGUAUUUGGAAUAUUCUCGUUAAGUUACGAUGAAACAUCUCUCGCGGCGGCCGAAGAUGUAUUAUCUGGCAGUAAUAUUCCGACAACAAUUGUUAUAAUUGCCAUUGCUGUACCAGUUCUCGGAGUAAAAAUCACUGCUCCAUGGUUUCUUCAGAGGUGUUCUUACCUCGUCAAGGCCUGUCUGGUUGUGUUACUUCUUCUUGCCGGAUUAAUCGUGGUCGUAAUGGCUUACAAUGUUCAUUUGAGGUUGUUUGGUAUAAGCGUCAUCGAAUCCGGCGUCAGCUUCAGCGAGAUAACUUUCUUAGCCAUGACUGCCUGCUAUCAUGAGAUCACAGUCAGUGCAUUUGUAGCUGGGAUCGGUGUGGCCUCGUUAUUAGGACCUUUUUAUUACACAGGUCUAACAACAUGGCUGUGUCUCGCACCAAGAACAACACUUUUAACAACAUUCCCCUGGCCAUUUCUCGUCUUAGUUACUUACUUCAUCUUGGAAAAGAAAGACAUUGAUUCAAACACAAAAAGAAACGGAGGCGUCAAGUACGAAAAACUUACCUCGAGCGAGAACACUUCCGCGAAUGAGCAAGAAGCAACAUUUGAACACGGCUUGACUUGGGAAGAGAAAUUCUCGGUCGCAAAGCAGAUAUUACCCUAUAUAACUUUUUUGUUUCUCACAUAUUUUGCAGAGUAUCUCUCUAACCAUUCCAUUAUAACAACCCUAGCUUUUUCAAACUCCUCCUUCAGUCCAAGAGAUCACUAUCAGUACUACAUUGUGUGCUAUCAAGUUGGAAAGUUCUUGGGAAGGUCUCAUAUCUUUCUGCUCUCUUGCACCUGCUCAAAAGUGGUCCCUUAUGUGCGAGUUAAGAAAACAUGGAUUUUUGCGUUGGUAGAGAUAGCACAUCUGCUGUUCUUUGUUUUUGCUUCCUGGUUUCGUUUCGUGCCGCAUGUUUUUAUCGUACUAAUUCUCUGUGCAACAGAAGGAUUUGUGGCCGGAUCAAUGUAUGUCAAUUCGGCACACACAGUGUCUGAGCUUGUCUCAGACCCGAGGCAAAGAGAAUUUGCAUUAGGAUUACUAACGAUUGGGAACGGGAUAGGAAAGCUAACAGCUGGGGUCGUGGGCCUUCAUUUGGAACCGCAGCUAAAGAGCCAUUGCGUUUAUGACUUAGAGUUACAAGAUCAGUGUAUUACUCGAUAUCCAACAGAAGCUGGCUGGGAUACAAACAUGCGCUGCAGUCAUCCUCAAACAAACUCAACUAGAUUGUGAAUUAAAAAAAAGACAUUGCUAGAAGAUAUGAUAAUAUGUGUUUUAUUGUAGCAAUAUUCGAUUGAGCGUCCAAAGUAAUCGGUGAUUACUUUGGUUUUGCUAUACUUUGCUAUGUGGUUGGUUCAAUCGGUGAUUUCUUUUAGUCAACCAAUUGACUCCAUGCUGCCCCCUUACGUCUGUUCAGUAAUGAAUCACGUAUGAUGUCAAAAUGUGGUAAGAACAAAUUAGAAUUAUAACAAAACCAAAGUAAAGUGCGCGCUCUGAUUGGUCA